UACCAUUUACGUUGUAGGGAAAUUUUCCAAAGGUCGUGACUUGCAGAUGAGAGAGGGGGAGUUCCCGAAUAGUUUGUCGUUGUGCCCUAUGAGAUGCCCCUCAUACUGCGGAUGUUCUGACAUUAUCUGAUCUUUAGAGAAGGCUUGAUGCGUUUGUGAACUAAUCUCAGGAUUUCGUUAACGUGAACGACUACUAUUCGCUCAGAUGUAGCAGAAGUUAUCUGCUAUGAUUGAGUCGUCGCGGGAAUCUGCGUCCGUCAAAGCGAUCCAGGACAGGACGGCAACGUUAGAGGAAGAGGAAGAAAUCAGACGGCAACAUGAGCGGAGGAAAGUGGUGGCUAACCUGGCAGCUGGGGCCAUCGCAGGCGCCAUCGCCAAGACAACGGUCGCUCCGCUAGACAGAACCAAGAUUAUGUUUCAAGUAUCUCAUAACAGAUUUUCAGCAAAGGAAGCCUACAAAGUCAUCUUUAGGACGUACAAGAAUGAAGGGUUCUUCAGUCUAUGGCGGGGGAACUCAGCUACCAUGGCCAGGGUCAUACCAUAUGCUGCAAUACAGUUUGCUUCCCAUGAACAGUACAAGAAAAUGUUCAGGACAUCCUACAAAAAACUUAAGUCACCGCCGCCCUACACCAGGUUCCUGGCUGGCUCGAUGGCCGGAGUGACAGCCUCCUGCUGUACGUACCCACUGGACAUGGUCAGGGCGAGGAUGGCUGUCACCAAGAAGGCUAAAUACAGCAGUCUUCCUGACUGCUUCGCACACAUUAUCAAAGAAGAGGGCGGACUGACCCUGUACAGAGGUUUCACCCCUACCAUACUUGGGGUUAUUCCAUACGCAGGCACCAGUUUCUUUACCUACGAGACUCUGAAGAUUCUACUGGCAGAUUUCACAGGUGGCAAGGAGCCCAACCCCAUCCACAGACUGAUAUUCGGGAUGCUGGCGGGGUUGUUCGGCCAGUCUGCGUCCUACCCGCUGGACGUGAUCCGGCGCCGUAUGCAGACGGAGGGCGUGACAGGGAACCCGUGCAGUAGCAUCCUGGGAACGGCGCGGAUGAUUAUCAAGGAGGAGGGCGUGAGGAGAGGACUGUACAAGGGCCUGAGCAUGAACUGGGUCAAAGGGCCAAUUGCUGUAGGGAUAAGCUUCACCACCUUUGACCUUACCCAGCGGACAUUGCACAGACUUGCCAUGUUUAAAGACACCUGAUCCGAAAAUGUAUUUCCUUUUUUUUUUUAAAGAAACGAUCCUCGGUAAAAGCCGUAUGUUGUAUAGAUUUUUGGGAAGUACAUGUAGUGAUAUUUUUGCAUGAUUGUAUGAUUCAUACCUUGAUUGCCUCAACACAAGUCAUCAGCAAAUUGUCUACAAAAUGGUUGCUGUAAGGUGGUGCUUAUCAUGCAUACAGUGGUGUGCACAUUCCUGUACCUUAGUAUUUAUCUAGUAGUCUAAAGGUAUAGGGAUGUAUGUCAAGUGCAAAGACAUUGUUUGUUAUGUAUCACCAAUACAUAACUAUACUUCAUAGUCAGGGGAGUGGGGAUUGUGGUGUUUCUACAUAUAUCUGUUCAAUUACCAAAGAAAUGUGUUUGUGGUUUACACAAUCCAUUUUGAUGAAAUGAUUAAAAGUUAUGCAAUAUAUAGCAAAUGUCCCCCUGGUAAACUUGGUACAACCCAGGCGUGUUCAAGAUGCUAAACACUUUGGAUAACAACAUGUUUAAGUAUAAGAUGAAUUUCUUAGCAUAGGCAUUGGAGAUUUGAAAUGUGUAACUUGAAAACCAGAGCCAUUGUAAACAGUGACAAUGUUGAGCAGUUACUUGCAGAAUACCACACAUGCAAAAAAUGUACAUCAAUUGUAUCGUUUUACUGGUGGAUGUAAAGGUAAAAUAUAUAGAAAACAAUUCUGGAAUGCUGUUGAUGUAUUGUCGCAUGUUUAUUAAAAUAACAAGAUUGAAAAUGA